UACAUGGCGGCCUCCUUGUGGCCACGAGACGUACGUGCCUUGUAAUCUGCAGGAAGUUUACAUGACCUCGCCCUUCUUACCCUAGCCUAGUUGGCUGGCUAAAAACAAUACAGGCCUAAUAGGCGUACGCCUUGUGCAAUGGAAGGUCGUGCUAGAAUUGAAUCCGAUGAUAACUUGGCUGCUGUUGGCCAUUCUGGAGUCGAAUUGAAUGGAGAGUGCGAGGAGAAAAGAGUGCGAUGCGAAGGUCUAGGUCUCACUAUUCCCAAGGAAGAUGAACUUUUGGAGAAGCAUCGCCAGGAGAGAAAGAAACUGCAAGACCAGAUUUUGAAGCUGAAAAAGGGGUCGAACAAGACAGACAAAAAAAAGAAAAAGGAUGUAAAUGCACAAAUUGCUCUUCUUCAGGUUGAACUUGAGAAGAAGCAUGCCGAAGAAAUGAAGCAACUCCAAACACAGCAGGUAACAAGUGUUGAGGAUGGCGUUAAUGACAUGCAUGUAACAGAGAAGAAAGUAAGCAAGGCUCAAAGGAGGAGAGAGAGAAAAGAGGGUCAGAAGCUGGAGCGAGAGAGGUGCAUAGCAGAAGCUGAAGCUGAAGACACCCCUCGAAAGCAAGAGAUGGCCCAGAUCCAGGCCAAACUUGAUGCAAGGAACCUUCAACUUGUUGACAUUCUGUCUGAUGGUGACUGCCUGUAUAAUGCCAUCAGAGUGCAACUGAAUGAGGUUCACACGGUGGAGGAGCUCCGUCACUUGGCUGCAGACUAUAUCAGGGAACAUCGGGAAACAUUUCAGCCUUUUCUUCUCGAUGAGGAGCAUUUGGGAGAGGGAGAUCCUGUGCAUCACUACUGUCUGAAUUUGGAAAACACCAAGACCUGGGGAGGGCAGGUUGAGUUGCAAGCACUGAGUGGAGCCCUGAAGUGUCGCCUGGAGGUGAUCCAGGGGGAUGCACCCACACUCAUCUUUGGAGAUGACCUUCAAACCUCCCUUAUUCUCACAUAUCAUCGUUUCAUCUAUGGUCUUGGAGAGCAUUACAAUGCUGCCAUGCCCCUCUCAUCAUCCUUGGCUUCCUCCUGACAGAUCUCACGCUCCCUCAGUCCAUGGCUUCACAGAACACUGACUGUGCAGUACUGAGUGUGAAUCAUCUGUACUGCCAAGAGAGGACAAGAUGUGGAGGAAUGAACCCCUUGGUUGGACAGAAGAAAGAGGACUUGGAUUAUUAUGAAAUGAGUGUGAUUGUUCCAAGAGGUGUUUCUUUGAUUUUCUUAUCAUUCUUCCCUGAAUGGGAACUCAACUUCCCUGAAAUCCCCUCAGCAGCAGCCCUUGUUUAAAUUUUCACAUCAAAUGGACAAGACUUCUUACUUCUGUUGUGAAAUGAAGAUGUUCUGAUUGAAAUUACUAGGACCAAAUGGAAAUAGAUUUUUUUGUGAACAAAAU